GCAGUCUUCUCGGUGCGGACCCUGCGGUGAUGCUCUACAAAUGCGAGGUCCAGGAGUGAAUUAAAUGACGGUUAACAGUAAAAUAUUUCGUUAAAGAGAAACGGCUCUCUUCCAUUUCAAAUAUCGCACCGAUAAGCCUUCAGGCCUUCGAAGUCGAGUGUUUUGGUCGCUCUUUUCCGCCCCCUCGCGACAUCUCGGCGCUCCGAUCGCAUGGCGGCUGUGCUGCGCAGUGCUUGUCGCUGCGUUUUUCGGCCUGCUCUUUACAGGCGCCUCAAAAUGCAGGGCAUGUGCACAGCGCCUAGCCGUUCUGGCCUCGAUAAGCUUUCCUUCGAUAAUGUGGCGUUAAGGCGCUUGCCACUCGAUACCUCCGAUGAGCAGGGCUCCCGAAUCGUCCGCGGCGCCUGCUUCUCCCGCGUCAGACCGCAGCCGGUCCUCGGGCCUCGACUGGUGGCGUUGUCCAGUCCUGCGCUCUCUAUGCUCGGGCUGGACGCCGACGCUGUGCGGCAGGACCCGUUAGCCCCAGAGUACCUAAGUGGCUCCAGACUGCUGCCCGGCUCGGAGCCCGCGGCACACUGCUACUGCGGUCACCAAUUUGGUCAGUUCGCCGGGCAGCUGGGUGACGGAGCCGUAUGUUAUCUGGGCGAAGUGCGGGCGCCAAGCGCUUUGGGUGUCGGGGUGCCGAAUCCCACGGGGCGAUGGGAGAUUCAACUGAAGGGAUCGGGGCUGACGCCGUACUCCAGACAUGCUGAUGGUAGGAAAGUGCUGCGUUCCAGUGUGCGGGAGUUCCUGGCCAGCGAAGCUCUCUUCCACCUGGGCAUACCAACAACACGGGCAGGUUCUUGUGUGACAUCGGACUCUCGUGUGCUGAGGGAUGUGAACUACGAUGGGCAUGUGAGCAAUGAGAGGUGCACAGUGGUCCUGCGAAUCGCACCUUCCUUCAUCCGGUUUGGAUCUUUUGAGAUCUUUAAAGCAGAAGACGAGAUGACAGGACGCCAGGGUCCAAGUGCUGCUUUCGAUGACCUACGCACUCAGCUGCUAGACUACGUGAUUGACACCUUUUAUCCUGAGCUGCAGCAGGCCCAUCCUGAUGACCGGGUCCAGAGGAAUAGUGCAUUUUUCAGAGAGGUUGUCCAGAGAACUGCUCGAUUGGUGGCACUGUGGCAGUGCAUGGGCUUCUGCCAUGGUGUGCUGAACACAGACAACAUGAGCAUCCUUGGGCUGACCAUUGACUAUGGCCCUUAUGGCUUCAUGGACAGGUUUGACCCAGACUUUAUAUGCAAUGCCUCAGACACAGGUGGGCGCUACUCAUACCGAGCGCAGCCAUCUGUGUGCCGCUGGAAUCUGCUCAAGCUGGCAGAGGCCCUGGUGCCCGACUUACCCCUUGAGGUAAGCCGAGCAGUGCUGGAGGAGUUUGACGCAGAGUUUGAUGGCUGCUACUUGAUAAUCAUGGGGACGAAAUUGGGGCUGUUGAGACAUCAAGUUCCAGAGGACAAGACGCUGGUGACAGAGCUUCUGGAGACCAUGCACAAUUCAGGUGUGGACUUUACAAACACCUUCAGGCUUUUGUGUGGAAUUUCUCACUCGUGCCUUGGUGAUACAGAUGAGGAUGUGUUGCAGAAAAUUUUGAACCAGUGUGCUUCCCUUGAGGAGUUAAAAGUAGCUCACUGGCCCAGGAUGGAACCUCGGGAACUCUCCAUGAUGCUCACUCUUGCCCAGGCCAAUCCAGUGCUUUUUCAGUUUUUGAACAGCAGGAAGCCAGUCAUGCAGGAACUGGAGCGUGUGGAGCGUUACAGAGAACUGUCUCAACAAUCGGAGAGCGACUACCUGGACAAACAGCGAGCUCUCUGGGUCAAGUGGCUGGACAAAUACAGGAAUCGCCUCUCUAUGGAAGUUGAAGGAGCCACGGAUAUUGAGGCACUGGCCACUGAGCGAAUGAAUAUAAUGAAGAGCAGUAAUCCCCGUGUUGUUCUCAGAAACUAUAUUGCUCAGAAUGCCAUUGACGCUGCAGAAAGGGGGGACUAUAGUGAGGUCAAUCGUGUUUUAAGGGUUUUGGAGCAGCCAUUCUCAGAUGAGGUGGAUAUACUUGAUGAUAUCUGCUCUACGGAUCGGACAGUAGAUGAGUCUGCAGAGCAGAUGGCCAGUGAAGGUACAGCAGAAGAAGGAAGCCCAUCAAGAGCAUUUGUCUCCUAUGACAGUAAACCACCUAGCUGGGCAGUUGAGCUCUGUGUCACCUGAUCCUCGUAGAUUAGCAGGUACCUAGGAUGUAUAACGAGUCUCUCACUCUGGAGCAGAUCUUCUGCUCAACUAUGAUGACUGAAACACGAACUCCUCAUCAUGGAGCUGUUUCUGUCUGAAGAUGAGUGACCACUCACUAUCCUGGACUCUUCAAAGUAACUGUUUUCCUGAAUCUUCUUUUUAAAAAUACCACCUUGACAUGUGUAAAAUGAUUCUGGAAAUACAAUAUAUAAUUGAACAAAGGGUAAGUUAGUGGGAUUUAUGACAAUAAAAACUUUCAAUGAAAGUUUUACCAUUUUGGCUGGCGUACGUUGAAUGGUUUGGAUGGCUCUGAUACUUUGUUUCCAGUUACCACUUUGUGAGCACAACCUAAGAUUUUGGGCCAAAGGACAAUGAAGGUCCAGACUUGUUGACAGGCUAAAAUUAGACGAACUGAAAUGAGAAACACACAUCUAUGUCAGAGACAAUGGGUUUCCACUUACCCACUGGAGUUGUUUCCAGAAUCAGUUUCAUAUGUGAAUAAUUUGCAAAAUGUCUGGAAAUAAAUGGCAAGUAAAGAAAUAUACCAAAGAGAAAUAUAUAACAUUUAAUAUAUAAAUAGACAAUAUUUUAUUUAGGGAAACUAACUAGUUAAAUGAAUGGAUUGGCAGCCUGUCCAGGGUUUGUUCCUGCCUUGUAAUAAGUUAUUAUUAUUAUUAUUAUUAUUUUGCACCCAUUGCUAGCUGGGUUCGGCUCCAACAUCCCCCCAAGGACCCUGAUCUGGAUGAAGUGGGUUAGAAAAUGACAUGACUAGUUAAAUAAAACAUAAUUAAAUGAACAAGAAAGACUUAUAUUAGUUAUUGUACACAUUGUCCCCCACAUUCUGGAGACUGAACUGGUGAUGUAAACAAGUGGAGGUUUGUGUAGCAGCAGCUCCAGAAAUGAACUGGUGCCCCUUUCAGGGCUGAUUACUGCCUACUAUUCAGUGCAGAAUGUGACCUGCCAGGGCACUAUAUAGGAAAUUUAUUAGAAAAAGCAGUACAGUGUACUACUAAAAGUAGUUGAAUUUCUAUAAUACAUUUUACUAGACACCACUGGAGUGGAGCAGUGACUUAAUGUGAACUUUACUAAUUGUAUGGUCCGACUGCAGUGGUAAAAUUGACGAUUAGGUCAUUU